UCACCAGUGCGUGUGUCACUGUCGCCAGGCAGUUGUACUCCAGGUAGGGGCGCAGCUUAAAUGGGCCUGUCUUGCUGCCAUCCCUGUUAGGGCAUUUUCCUGUUUCUAAUCUUGUUUUCCUACAUGUAUGAUUUUUCAAGUGCAGACUUUAGUAGGGUUUAAAGGAAGGUUACUUUUUUCUUGGAGGUUAUUUUUCUUCAUUCCAGACUUUCUUCAUGGCCUCCCAAGUACUGCUCUUCACUGCCCUGCUUAUUGGCCUAGGGCUAUCCAGUUGUUAAUGGAAGUACUUGUAUCUUUCUCAUUCAUUCAUUCAUUCAUUCUGGUUUCUAUACCGCCUAGCCAAGAUGGUCCUCUGAGUGGUUCACAGGAUCAAAAAUCACAAUCAAACACAAGAUACAACAACAAAUCAACAAUACACCAAUAAAAUAACAAGAACAUAGCAAUAAUGAGCCCCCAGCAGCUGCACUUCACUCCUUUACAUAGUUAGAUGUAAUAAUUUUAUUAAGAUGGCAUUGGUAGACAUUGGCAACUCUUCCCAGUGAAAUAGUUUAAUACAUUUAAAUUUAAUAAAUAAAAUCCUCAAGUAAUCAACCUUUUGUAAUGCUUGAUCAAUUUUGCACAUCAUCUUCCCUUACCCACCAAAAGUUUUGGUAUGUCAGUAUGUGAACUCCAGGAGAAGUAUGCUUGGCAAAAUGAGUAACCUGACGUUGAUUUUAAAUUUGUAUCUUUCAUUGUUUAGAUCUUGAACAGAGAAAACAUUACGUGGUCUGUAAUCUGUGGAACACUGGAAGCCAACCAGAUGGCAUCCUCCACUGCUGUGCCUGUAGGUUUUCACUAUGAAACAAAAUAUGUUGUCCUCAGCUAUUUGGGUCUCUUGUCACAGGAAAAGCCUCAAGAGCAGCACUCUUUGCCAGCUCAAGUGACUCAUCCAGCUGCAGUCUCACAAGGUUUAGAUAAAGAGGUUCUGGACAAACUUAAAGCGGAAAUUGAUGAGGAAUUAAAACGCCUUGAUGAAGAAAUUUUAGAAGCUUUUACCAGUACUGGCUUUGACUGCCAUACAUCUCCAGUAUUUAGCCCUGCCAGUCCAGAGACUUCAAUAGAAGAUUGCUUAGCUCAUCUUGGAGAAAGAGUCUUCCAGGAAUUAAAAGAACCUCUUCAAAGGGCAUUAGAGACCCUACUUAGCAAGCCAGUGACUUACCAGGAGUACAAGGAAAGGACACAAGAUGCAGCAACUCAUGCCAGUGGAUGGAGCAAGGGCACAGUCUUUAGUUUGGAAUCUGAGGAGGAAGAAUACCAUGGAAUCAUUGCCGAAGACAGCAAUGACAUCUACAUUUUAACUAGUGACAAUUCAGGCCAGGUGAGCCCUCCAGAGUCACCCACAGUGACCACAUCUUGGCAGUCAGAGAGCUUGCCUGUGUCUUUAUCAGCUAGUCAGAGUUGGCAUACAGAGAGCUUACCUGUAUCUUUGGGCCCUGAGUCGUGGCAACAAGUGGCUAUGGAUCCAGAAGAAGUGAAGAGUUUGGACAGUAAUGGAGGUGGGGAAGAAAGGAGUGAAAAUAAUUCUUCUAACUCGGAUAUUGUACAUGUUGAGAAGGAAGAGAUUCCCGAAGGGGUUGAGGAAACAGUGUCAGAAGUGCAUAUGGAAGCUGAUAUGGCAAAGGUGGUUUCCCAGGAAGCACCAACAGAAUUGCUGAAGGUGGAGUCAGAAGCUGAAGUUGCAUCAGUUAAAAAGCAAAGCUCUUCUGCACCUUCACUUACGGAACACCAGAAAGAGGGAAAAGCACUGGAGAUGCCAGAACCUUUAGUCCUGAGUAAACCUGCCAUGCAGUUAAUUCCUGAAGAAGCAAAGGCUGCCCCCAUCCCGGAGAGAAUACCAUUUCCAGAAGAAGAAAUCAAAGCAGGAAAGGAGAGCUAUUCUGAAGAAAAAGAAGGUUCCCCUGGCAGAGAAGAGAAAUCCAUCCUCUUACCAGAAGGCAAAUCCAUUCUGCUCUAUGGUGGGGCAGCUGCUGUGGCCAUCCUGGCUGUGGCAGUGGGUGUAGCAUUGGCCUUGCGGAAGAAGUAGAGAACUGCAAGGAGUAGCGCCUGAUCCACUCUUAGUUGCAUUGACUGGGGGUUGUGGUGCCUGCUGUUAAUGGAAAUUCGUGUAACUUAAAGGGUGGUGGGGCAGUGGACACUGUAUGGCUAAGCCUAGGGACAAUCAUGUUUUUAAUGGACUUGAGACUGGAUCUUCCUGUUUAACAUAUAGGGGUAUCAUUUUGAAAACCUCAGCACAUUUAAUUAUCCAAGUACAAUGGAGAAAUGUGUGGGGGAGUGCUUAUACACUGGAAACUGGAACUGAAAAUUCCAGGGGAAUGGGAGAAUUGGUAGGUAACCCCUGGAGGUUUCCCUGCAGCACAAGGCUGAUCUCCCUUUUGUCUCUGCUUCCUCAGGUACUGCACUGCACCCUGUGAUCCCCCAGUUUCCUUUUAAACCUCGAGGGGUAGUGCUUAUUUAAUACCUCUUUGCUUUAUAUAAUUUUGCUCCCCAAACUCUUUGGUUAAUUAAAUUCUCCAAGCUCUGUAAUGUUGGAUCAAGAAAGCAAUAGGCUCUCUUGUAGGGGUGAAAAUAUAAUAUAGCUUGGUUAAAUGUGAUGUUCUUUGAUCACCAAUGGAUAUUUGUCACUUUGGUGAUUCUUCCCUGCACCCCCUCAAAUCAUCCUGCUUUAGUUCUCAAAGAUGAACACUCCUUUCAUUUUGAUGAAUGCAAAUGAAGAUGGCAAUACUUAUACCCAACAAUUAUAAGCAGAACCAUAAGAUGAGGAGUUGACCUCACACCACUUGUGAAAUACAAAUUGAAGAAUCCAUUUUGCCCAUCUCUGUUUUGUUUUUCCACAUGUUCAGGAAUGGAAUACAUGUAGCCUUAAAUGGAUGGACUCUGCCAGUGACUAAUGAGCCAAAUGCAAGUCUUAAAUGCACACUAAUUCAAGUGGUUUGACCUGAACUACAUUAUGCUGUACUUUUAAAUGGUUUGUCUGGUUCCUGGCCAUAGAAUAAAAUCCUUGCAUAGCUCAGAUAAUUGCUUUAUGCCAAUUUUAAAAAACUAAACAGCUGUAAUUGGGUUCAGAGUCAUGAGGCGGGGUUGUGUGUAUUGACAAUGAUUUUAAAUGUUAAGGCACUCCUUAUGUAUUCCAAAUCUGUUUAGUGGAAACGCUCCUGUUCUUCAGGGGAUUGGCGUAGUCCAUGUCUUGGCUACUGAUGUACUGAAAAUACUUGGUCAAAGUGAAAACCACAAAAUCUUUUCCCAAAGCGGUUUUAAAACUCAUAGGCUGCACUCUAGUAGACACAAUGUCUUCUAGCCACUCCCCCGAAGUAACCUAUGAAAUUAUGCUGAUUUUUUCCCUCAAUUCCUGGUAUUCUAAUCUGGGUAUGAUGACUCAACACAGCCAUCAGUUACCUAGUAAUAUAUUGCUCUUUAGGAAAGUGAACAUGUAUUGAUUAUCUCUUGUCCCUUGCCAUAGCUGCCUUUUCUGGUUACCUUCUGUAGAUCAGAUAAUCAGGAAAUUCUUAAGCUUAUCUUCAAUUUGAAAAGCUGUUCCAGCUUUCCAUUCAUGUAAAUAUAAUAAGAACCAUUUGAAAGUAUUGUAUGUAUGUUCAUCAUGUGGCAAAGGUGAUUUUUUUCUUCCAGUGCUUGUAUAAAAACUGUUCUUGGAACAAUGACUUGGCAACAGUGUCUCUUAUGAUGAUCUGUGUUGAAUCUCCAUUGCUUCUAAGUACUUUGCCCUUAUUGAUAAUUGAUAAUUUGCCCUUUGAUUUGUUUUAGGCAUUUGCUCAUAGAUUGCAUACACUCUUUUCCCACAGGUAGUGUCUCAUACUGGUACCAGCUAGGAAACUGUUGCGAAUGCCCUCACUAUAUAAAUGACUCAAGUAUAGGUAGGUGAUUUUAAGUAGAUGCAACUUAAUGGGAAGAAAAACAAACUCCCAGGAUUUUUUGAACUUUAGCCCCAUAAAGGUCUUUUAAAUGCAUUCCCUUUCCAAAAAUUCAAAUUCAUUAUUACUGGUUUAAUAUUGUAGUACUUGUCUCUAAAAAUUAUUCUUAAUUUCUGGCUUCAUCGCUUAGCGUGGUUUUUAUUUGCAUUUAAUAGACUUGAUUUUCUCACUUUGCAUUCCCAUUUCGCAUAAAAUGGACUUUCGUAGCUAUAAGGGUUGCUUGAUGUUUUGGUGACAUCUGAGAAUCUCUGGUGAUGGUAACUGUAGUCAGCACGAGCUCUAGCGCUGCAGCGAAGACAAGAGCUUGGUCCUAAUGACUGUGGGCAUGAGAAAAUAUCCCUCCUUUUAAAUUCCUUGAGAACUGACAUUUCCCUCACAAAGCAAGCUUUAAGUUGUAAGGGCCACCCGAUGAACAUCUCCUGGUAGCAAACUUGAUUGUACUAUUGGAUGUACAUUUGUCAGGGAGCAACUGCCGGUCCUAUUUAUUUUCCUUGUGAGUGUGCAUGUAGGGCGCAAUUAUUUGCCAGUGUGUAUGUACAAACACAUUGCUGUAUGUGACUUGGCCCUUAGCGAUAUGAGAAUCUUUGCUCUGAGUCAUCAGAAUGGAAACUUGGGCACGGGGGCUGGGAGCUCCUGGCCAGAUGACUUGCAGUGCGUUCCUUAGUACUGUGCAUUGUCCCUUUUUCAGACUAAAGUGCCUCAGCGUGUUCCAGUGGGCUUUAACUGUUUUCCUUCUCUGUCUUUGCUUGCUUUUGUCGCUAUUGCCCAAAAGUACUCUCCAGCUGUAGUUUUAAAGAAGUUUUGCAAAACGAGGUAGACUCCCAUGCUGGAGGAACUGAAAUACACAAUUGCUUUGUGGUUUAAUAUAAGCAUUAUUACAACAGUUUCUCCUGCAGCUACUAGCUGCAACUUCUCUAGCCUAAUGUUGUUCCCAGCAGUUUGGGUUCCUGUUGUUCAGAGAUGCCACUCUUAUUGACCAACUGCAACAUUAAGAAUAGAUUAGAAAGGUGUGUAGCCAUUAGUGGACUUGAGAGGUUGAACAUAGACAUUGCUCACCAUGCUUGGACAUUUAAAAAGCCCUCUCCUUCAUUGCAUAACCUCUUAAACUGUCCAGUCUGUGAAAUAAACUACUGAGUUCUACAGGCUAUGAAAUAAGCAACUUUUCUGGUCUUCUCUGUUAGGAGUAUUGGCACUACCAAAUUCUUUUGGUUUACUAGGCAUUGUAACUUAUGGUGGAGAAAUGGAACAUGUAGUAAGUAGCUGCCACACAUGUGCCUGGUUUGUCUAUUUUGAAGCCAUGGGUCUUGCCUCUACAUGCUAGUCAUGUAUUCACAAGACAGAGAGACAUAGUGGAGAACUGCAAAACAAUCAUUGUUUCAUCCAUUACUUGCAUCUGUCUUCAAAAUGAUAAGAGAGAACAUUCAAUUAUAUAGAACUGUGAAUUGUUGCUUUUAACCCUUGUUCAGUUACAACAAACAUACUUUCCAGAGUUCUGGAUUAUGGCUAGGUAUCAGGAAAAAUUUCCUGAUUAUUGGAGCAGUAUGACAAUAGAACCAGUUACCCUGGGAGUUUGUGGGCUCUCCUACAUGAGAGGCAUUCAAGAUGCAGCUGGAUAGCCAACUAAGAAUGGUUUAACUUAGUAUCCUGCACUGAGCAGGGGGUUGCACCUGAUGACCCUCUGGCUCCUUUCAACUCUGCUAUUCUAUGACUUCAGCAAAUACUUUCUCUGAAAGAAUAUUAAGGCUUUGCAAUGGAGUGGGGCUUGACUUACCAUUUCUGAUAGAAAAUUAAGCCUGUAUUUAGUUUGUUCAAAUUGAUUUGUAUUCUUAGGCAGGUCAUGCAACUGAUGCUUUGAACCAAUGUUAUAUUUCACAACUUUUCCUGAAGUAGCAUUAGGGAAAGGCUUGUUUGGUAGAAUUUACAGCAAAUGUUCUAUACUCUGCCAAUCAUACUUCUCAGGGUUUCUUUUCAUAAAGUACAGACACAGUCUGCAGUAUGCAUUUGAUUUUUUUUUGGAGCAACAAACUUUAAACUGUAUACUCUGCAAAAAGCUAUCUGGGAUGAAUCAUGAACGUAUCUUCUGUAGCAUUAGUAACAUGGAGACAAUAGCAUAGCCAUGUAAAUGGAGUUGCAGAAAUGCUACUUGCCAUUUUGCUACCUAGAAGUUGCUCUUUGUAUUACCCAUGAUUCUUUCUUUUUUGCAUUUGAACACCAAAAAUUUUUGAUGCAGCCAUAUGGAUGUAUUAUUCCAACUACAGAGGCAGUUCUUUCCAAUAUCUCCACUUGGCAGAAAUACUUGGGGGAAGUUGUCAUACAACAGAAACGUAAUAGCUUUCCUUCCCACUAACUGCCCUUCUCCCUUAAUUCCGAGUGGCUAUUUUGGAGGGCUUUAGGCUGCUUCAGUAGAUAGGCUGUACUUUCUCAUUAAUAAACAAGAGUUGAUGCAGACAGUCACCACUGGAAAACCUUUUUCCUAUGCAGGUAAAAUACAUAGCAAGGAUAAUAUUAAAAUGCCCUGCAGCAAUUCUCUUUUUAAGCAGUCUUGAGGAGUUUGGAUGUCAGAGCUACAGCAGCCAACAGGUGCCUGAUGCUGUAAAACCAAUUCUAAUGCCCCUAUACAUUGCAAGGAUUGCUUCCUACCUGAAGGAUCUUCAACAGCAAUAGCUGGUGCAUAGUGACAGCUAAAGUUCAACCCAAGCUCUUUAAAUAAGGAAAAGUGUGAGCCUCAUGGUUGAUGUUUUCCUCAAAAGCUGGAAACCAGAGUAGCUUAUUACCCAUUCCUGCAUUGAUCUUUGAUGUUUCUUUGUUGCAAAGCCACUUACUUAGCUGCUUUGGCAGUGGCAAGCAAAGCUUGGAGGGAAAGGGAGUUCCUUUCCCACUAACAGUUGAUAUACUUUGCCAAGGCUUGGCAAACGGCUAGGUGAACAAUUUUUGGGAUGUGUAGGUUUUCUAAGGGCUAUUGCCAUUGCAGUAGCUUUUAGGAUAACAAUGAUUUUGAGACUGAGCUUCCAGCAAGGCAGUGAGGAGGGGUGAAAAGAGAGGUCUAACCUUUCCUUUCCCUCAAGCUGCUUCAAUUCUUCCAGACAGAUGGGUUUGCUUGAAUUAGAUACAAAAUCCAAAUUCACAUGGAGAGAUUAUAAUAGUUUGGAUGAAUACUACUCCCUUCAACUCCCCUUCUUUAUAAGGAUGGAAUUGAAACAUCAGCUGCAUCACUAAGUGUUCUGAAGUAUAAUCCUUUGCAAGCUCAGAAGAAAGGUCCACCACUCUUGGGAGGCAUUUUUUUGUCUCCACUUGCAUAGGAUUUGAUUUCACCCCUACUCUUUAAACUGCAGGCUAUAUUUAUGCAAGCUUACACCAAAGAAAGUUGUUGUUUUUUUUUAAUCACACCUUGCUCUAGCAACACGCUAUCAGGCACUGCUGAUAGAAUACAUCAUUUUUCCACUAGCACUUUAUGGAAAUAAGGAAAGAUGACCACUUGGUUGCACACUAAAUGCUAUACUUAAUGUGGUUUGAGAUUGGAUAGGUGAUAAAUGAAAGAGUGCAACAAACUAUGGUUUAUCCUAUUACAGAGGCACAAAACAGUAUAAAUUACUAAUGUACUAGCUGGUAUUAAUGCUUCUUUAAUAUUUUGCACCUACGUGUCAUAAACAUAAAACCAGUGGACUUUACUCAAAUCAAUAUGCAUUAGAGGACAAUGUUUAAGUGUUUUGUGAAAUUCUCCAAAAAGCAAUUAGUAGAUUUGCAACAAUAGGCAACUUUUCAAUCAUUCAAUAGUGACAUGACAUGCUGCAGCAGAUUAACAAGUAUUCAAGAAAAUGCACUCAUCCAGAUCAUUCUUUAUGCAAGUAUAGUACUUUUAGUAAUGCUGUAUUGAAGCCUCUUGUGCCAUUUGAUGAACUGAACAAAAAUCCUGCUCCAGUGUUAAAGAGUUAUUUUUAGCUCAAGCUCUUUAUAAAUCAAAGGACAGUAUGUGUAUUUUUCCCUCCAUUGAUGGGACUCUUGUAAGAACAUGGUCCUAGCCUCAGUUGCACUUUUAUUAAAAGCCAAUUUUGAAAA